UGUUGGCUUUGUUUAAACAUAAAGCACACUGAUAUUAUUUUCCUCCGGACGAUCUUUUUCUAUCAAUCUACCAUUACCAUGGCAACCGGCACAAUUUGAAUUACUAUUGUAAUGGCCAAUGUCAUUGUUGAUAAACAGUCAAAAAUUGUAUUCCUGAUAUGAAAGUAAGUUUUCUGUUGGCAUAAAAUAAGCCUUCUCUAUUUAUGAUAACGUGUUCUGUUCGUAAUAACUAACUAAACAAACAUUUACAAACUACACCAAAUGGAAACGCCCUCAAGUGUCAGUGCUCAACAAUCGGACUACAUUUCAGAAACGAAAGAAGAUAUUGAAGAACCAUCUAAAGCAUCAGUUUCACUUUUUAAAUUUGAUGAUCGAGAUAGCCCCUUUAAACAAAAGUCUGAAGUAGAUGUCAAUUCCUUGUUAGGAAGUGAAGAGUACUACAGCAGCGAUAGUAAACGUGAGAUAGAGCAUUUUUACCCAUUUGGAGAGCAAUACAUACCUUUAACAUCAUCAAUAAUCAAUGAUAAGAAAAAUAAACUUGGAGUGAUUAAACUUCAUUGGCCCACUUUGGACACCAAACUUCCUGACAGUGCAAAAACGUUCCCUGAAACAUACAUAAAGAACAGUAACAAGGAAAAGGUUCUCCUGUUAUAUGCUGAAAACUUCAGGAAGCAGUAUCAUGCCAACUUUCCAACAAAGAAACCCCUCUUGCUGGCCGCAGAAAACGAGUGUGGAAUACAAAAGAUGGUAUCGACUACAAUUCGGCCGACGAAGCUCUGCUACCCGGAGUUGCACACUUGGCAGGGUUGCGCAGCGUUCGUCUCCGACCACGUCGUGUACAAACCGCUCAACAGCCCUCACAUAAUGGUGAGCACCGAUCUUCUCCCGACUUAUCACUUAACUGUCUCAUUGAAAAUGGUGUUUUUUAUACCUUGGUAA